CGGGUGCCCGGAGCGCCCUGCCCUGCCCUGCCCUGCCCUGCCCCGGCCGGCCCCGCUCCGCUCCCACCAUGAUGUCCAUGAACAGCAAGCAGGCGUUCAGCAUGCACCCCAUCCUGCACGAGCCCAAGUACCCGCACCUGCACACCAGCUCCGAAGCCAUCCGCAGAGCCUGCCUGCCCGCCCCCCAGAUCCAGGGGAACAUCUUUGCGGGCUUUGACGAGACGCUGCUGCGGGGCGCCGAGGCUCUGGCCGCCGUGGAUAUCGUGUCGCAGAAAACGCACCCCUUCAAGCCGGACGCCACCUACCACACCAUGAGCAGCGUGUCCUGCACUCCUACCUCGUCCUCCGUGCACCUGCACCACCCGUCCGUGCUGACCACGCACCACCCGCACCACCACCACCACCAGCCCUCGCAGGGCCUGGACGGGGAGCUGCUGGAGCACCUCAACUCCGCCCUGCCGCUCGGAGGGGUGCCGGGCCCCGACGUGGGCUCCACGCCUUCGCACCCGCACUCCCACAUGUCGGCCAUCAACCACAUGGCCCACCACCCGCAGCCCAUGAACAUGUCACACCCCCACGGCCUCGCGUCCCACGCCGUCAUCUCCGGCCCCGAGACCGAGACGGACCCGCGGGAGCUCGAGUCCUUCGCCGAGCGCUUCAAGCAGCGCAGGAUCAAGCUGGGGGUCACCCAGGCGGACGUGGGCUCCGCGCUGGCCAACCUGAAGAUCCCGGGGGUGGGCUGCCUCAGCCAAAGCACCAUCUGCAGGUUCGAGUCGCUCACCUUGUCCCACAACAACAUGGUGGCCCUCAAGCCCAUCCUGGAAGCGUGGCUGGAGGAGGCGGAGAGGGCGCAGCGGGAGAAAAUGACCAAACCCGAGAUCUACACGGGGGGGGACAAGAAGCGCAAGCGCACCUCCAUCGCCGCCCCCGAGAAGCGCUCGCUCGAGGCCUAUUUCGCCGUGCAGCCCCGGCCCUCCUCCGAGAAAAUCGCCGCCAUCGCCGAGAAGUUAGACUUGAAGAAAAACGUGGUGCGGGUCUGGUUUUGCAAUCAGAGACAGAAGCAGAAAAGGAUGAAAUUUUCUGCCACCUACUGAGGAAGGGGCUCGGGAGGCAGCGGAGCGGGGGGUGCUGCCCUCCCGACCGCUCCCUGGCCCUUCCAAACAGGGCUUGGGGUUGUCGGCUAUUCUUUUUUUUUUUUUUUUUUGGUUAAAAAUUGGGAAAAAAGCAAACAAACAAACAAAAAAAAAAAAAAAAAGGAAAAAAAAACUUUAAAAUAAAGGGAAACGCGCCCAAAGCAAAGUGAACAGUUUGGUGCCUGCUCCUCGCCCCUGGGCAAAGUGGCCCCGCUGUUCUGACUGGUACAGACUGCUUUUGUAGAUAAAACUGGAGAAAAAGAAAAAAAAAAGAUGGAGAAAAAGGAAAAAGACAAAACGAAAAGGCCAAGGGGGAAGUUUGGGGGUGCCCGGAGUCGGGGCAGCAGCAGCAGCGAGAGCCCGGUGGGGCUUUGUCACAGCCCCUCCCGGCCGGGGGGCCGUGGCGCCGCUCACUCCUCUGUGUCCGCUCCUCUUCUUCUU